AGUUUACCAUACAAUCUUAAUUAGAUAGAGACCACCAAACAACGAUAUCGAGAGUUUAAAAUAAUUUUUUUCUUUAUUAUAAUCAACGAACGCUGAGAAAUUUUCGCCAAAGGUCUGCUAGCUGACUCAUCAAUGGCUUCUUCCUUCAAAGCAUUUUUGAACAGUCCCAUUGGACCCAAAACAACUCAUUUUUGGGGCCCUGUAGCUAAUUGGGGAUUUGUCAUUGCUGGACUGGUGGACAUGAAGAAACCCCCAGAAAUGAUAUCUGGCAACAUGACUGCAGCAAUGUGCGUAUAUUCUGGGUUAUUCAUGAGGUUUGCAUGGAUGGUUCAGCCUCGCAACUAUCUGCUGCUUGCCUGUCAUGCUUCAAACGAGACAGUGCAACUUUAUCAACUCUCACGCUGGGCUAAGGGCCAAGGGUACUUGGGGGAUAAGAAAGAAGAGGCCACAGCUCAGUGAACUCAGUACCGUUCUUUACUGAUUUUGUUUUCCUAAACCGAAAAUAUGGGUCUCGAGACUCUCGACAAUGUUCUCCUCAUCAUCAGAAGCCUGAAAACACCAAGCCACAUAUAAAGCUGUAGGCUGAUGUGAUCAUCUUAAUUUCUCAAUUUUUAUUUUUUUUAUCUUUGUUCAUACCCCUUUGUAUUUUAUGUUCCCAGAAUACUUUGAUACAACUUUAUUUGGUUUAUUCGUGUUUAUUGUUGUGAUAAAACUGUCUUUGGAAAUUUUGGUCAGAAGGAAAAAAAAAUCAAAAAAUUUAAUUUUCAUCCGUGCAUGAAAGCACAUUAAAAAAAAUGGAAAAGAAAUGUAGGGUCCAUUGAUCCAUUCCUUUUUUUUUUUAUGUAUUUUGUCAUCAUUUUAUGAAUAAAUCUAUCAUUUCUAACUAUCGAAA